AUGGAACAGGGGAGUUAUUUUAUUGGUGAUUUAGAAAUUAUAUUGGUGUAUGGGAAUUCUCCUCUCGUGUCAAAUGAUAAGUCUGAUGAGGUUGAAGAUGAACUUGUUGCUGAAUUUGCAGAUCCUAACAAUGGUGUUGGAUCUUCAGACCAGACCGAAUGUCUUGGACUUGGAAAUCGGAUUGAAAAGAAAUCAGUUUAUUUGGAAGAGCUUAAGGAAAUGCUCCUACCGGUGGUGUGGCCUUACCUUUUAUAUUGGUGCAGCACCCCUUUUGAGAUACACGAUGACAAUUACGUUCUCAAGGCUAUGAAAUUUUGUGAAAAACAAAGAGGUGACAGCACAGCUCAUAUCUCUACAAAUGGAGGUGAAAGCUCAAGCAUGGCCAAUCCAUACCAACCUCAAGUACCUCAUCCAUCAAGGUCAAGCAUAUCGGGUAUGCCUCCAACUUCGUCUCCCCUUCCUGGAAUAUUAAAGGCACGAGCAUUAGUUUUCUAG